CAGUCUUGACUGCUUUACAAUUCCAAUUUCUAUUCUUCAUCUCACUGCGCCUUUCUAAGUCCUUUUCUUUGCCCCAAAGCAAAGCAUAUAUAAUAAUUUCCAGACCCAAAAAGGUGAUAAUAACAUACAGAAGAGGAGGAAGAUCAGAGUUAAGAUGAAGCUUGUUUGGUCGCCGGAAAAUGCAUCCAAAGCUUAUAUUGAUACUGUGAAAUCUUGUGAGCUGUUUCAUGAAUCUAGUGUGGCGGAGUUGAUAUCGGCGAUGGCGGCGGGGUGGAAUGCUCAGCUGAUUGUGGAAGCGUGGUCGAAAGGAGGGGUGACGGCGACGAGCGUGGGGCUGGCGGUGGCGAGCCGCCACGCCGGAGGCAGGCACGUGUGUAUACUCCCGGAUCAAGAAUCGAGAGAGGAGUACGCAGAAGCCAUGCAGAAGGCGGGGAUGUCGCCGGAGAUAAUUGUGGGAGAGCCGGAGGAGGCCAUGGAGGGGCUGGCGGGGAUUGAUUUCCUGGUCGUGGAUUGCCGGAGAAAUGACUUUUCGAGAUUACUGAGGGUGGCGAAGCUAGGCCACGGCGGCGCUGUACUGAUAUGCAAGAAUGCUAGCUCAAGGGUGGCUGCGGAUUUCCGGUGGCGGAGCGUCCUCGACGGAAAUUCAAGAAUUGUCCGCUCCGUUUUUUUGCCGGUGGGGAAGGGGCUGGACAUGGCACACGUGGGAGCCACCGGUAGCGGCGGCAGAAAGGGAGAAAGCAGGUGGAUCAGACAUUUCGACAAGGAAUCCGGUGAAGAAUUUCUUUUCAGAAAAUGAAUCUUUGCCCCUUUGGUGAGCAUCAUCUCAACUGGAUGCAAUCAUAUAUUUAUUCGUUCUUUUUUAUAAUUUUAUUUUCAUAGUUUCAGCUAUGUAUAUAAUAUUAUAACAUAAAUUAAGAAAAUGAAAGAAUUUUCUGCUUCCCAGAAGGGUAGUUUUA